AUGGCCUCGAGACACAAGGCAAUGCGUCACAUCGCCGCAAAUUUUAGCCGGUACCAGUCGCAGCUGACAGCCAAGCUCCAGAGCGCCGCUUCGAAGGUCCCUGUCUCGUCGGAUCUUUGGACAUCUCCACAUCGACACGGUGUUCUGGCGAUCUGUGCAAGGUGGGUUGACGAGGAUUACCAGCCCAGAGGAGCCCUUCUUGGUCUGCAGGAGAUCAGGCACAGCCAUUCUGGUGAACACCAAUCUCGACUCCUCUUCGUAAUCCUUGAACUGUAUGGGGUCACAAAACAGCUCGGCUGUCACACAGGCGAUAAUGCCACGUCCAACGACACCGGUUUGUAA